AGAGGACUUGUGACCUACCUAUUUUUGUCGUCGCGUUGCAACGGCACAUGUUUAGCAAGGAAAAUGGGUACUGAAAUCACCAGUAAAAUUUUCGGGGAGUAUAAUAGAAUAUUUGCAGCUGUCGGAGCAGCUACUAUAUGCUAUCUUACUUUCAAGAUAGUUUCAUCAGUUCUUCGUGGGCUAAAAGCGUACUACGUUAGUCGUACUUUAGGCCUAAAUGCAAAUUUAGCCAAGCUCGGAAAGUGGGCGGUUGUGACUGGAGCUACCGAUGGUAUUGGCAAAGCAUACGCUGAGCAGCUUGCUAAAUUGGGGUUAAACAUAGUGCUCAUAAGUAGAACAUUGUCAAAACUGCAAGCAACAGCAUCUGAAAUAGGUCACAGUGGCCAGACAAUUGUUGACAUGUUGAAUUGUAACUGUUUGUCGAUGGCAAUGAUGACGCAAAUAUGUCUUCCACAAAUGCAGCAGAGGAGGAAAGGAGCUGUCAUUAAUAUCUCCUCUGCGUCGGGAUUAACACCAUGUCCAUUGUUAACUGUUUACUCAGCAACUAAGGAGAGAGGUAUACCAGAUGCCUCUGACACUGAUACGCAACUUCUGGUGGAGGCAGAUGUUCAUCAGGAAGAUACUAGUUACAUACAGGAGGACCAGGAUGUUCAGGACGAAGAGCACAGUAUGAAUCAAGACAACGAUGAAACUGGCUCGAGCCCUAGCCCUUCGCCUUCAGCUGUAGAUACCUCAUCUGAGAACAGGCCUAAAGAUUCCACAAAAAAAAGAGGGAGCAGGCUUAUGCAUUCACCGAACAGAAAUGGUAUUGUGACAAUAGCUGUUUGUAUAUCAAAAGACACGGAGACUUCAAAAAUGCUGACAAAAAGCGCCGUCUUAUGGAAGAGAAAGCCAAUUCAUUUGAUCCUCUAUGCACUUUUACUGACCCGUGCCGAUGAAUUGGCCAAAAUCCGCAAAGAAAUGUCUCCACACGAGCAGCAGGAUGAGACGUACAUGGGGUAUAUGAAAACACAGAUACAACUUAUCCCAUGUGAAAACUGGUACCAGUUUACAAUAGACAACAUGAGGCUGUCGGUUACCCCGUUCUUUGUAUCAACUAAACUGAGCAAAAUGAGGAAAGCUUCAUGGAUGGUACCUAGCCCUGACACGUAUGUCCCCAGCGCUCUUGGAACUGUCGGUGUCGAGAGCAGAACACUAGGAUGUACAUCUCACGCUCUCCAGCAUUAUGUAUCGGAAUGCUUGCCUGAGAGUAUGAUGAUGUCUUUUACUAUGAACCUCCUUAAAGGUGCUCGAGCAAGAGCUCUCAAGAAGCAAGCCAAAAGCAAUUAAGAUCAGUUACAGAAGCUUUAGAACCGAAAGGGGACCUGAAAUGCGACAAAUCAUAGAUGCAAGGUGCCCAAAAUAUCCACUGAACAUCAAUAAUUCUAAUCUCAGAAACUAAUGAAGUGUAAUAUUAAAUGUGAUUGUUUUGUAUGAAUUUUCAACGUUAAAGAUGAAAAGGACAAAACAUGCUGUGUAAACUAACGAGUAGUCGUUUGAGCAAAAGUAUACAAUGGCUAAAAUGAAAUUGAGUCUUAUUUUAAAAAAUAAAGGAACUGUAGAUACAAAAGAAAUAAGGCACAUAUAAUGUAAACACCUUUAUGUUUAGAGCCAUUAAUAUUUAUCAAUAUUUUACAAUUGUAUCGGAUGUUUCCAUGAUGUUGGAUAGCGAAUCGAAAUACUUGGUUAGUACAGCCCUUGAUAUUAAUAGAAUUAUGGCAGAGUAAUUUAAAUAUAAAUUUUUAUAUAUUAGUAAAAAUUACAUCAUACUAAAACUACUUUCAUAAUUAUGCCAGAGAAAUAAUCAGUUAGUUUUAAGGUCUCCUAAUUAAGGCCACUUUUGGGACCAUGGUUUCCAUGGACUUUAGCAGCUUUGAUCUCUAAUUAGAAUAAUGAAAAUAAGACCGUUGUUGAUUUGCGACCACAGGAAAUUGGUCUUUCAUUGAAGGUUUCUUUAUUGGGAGACCUAUAAUUUUUAAGGCAUACAAAGAUAUCAUACAAUACUGUGCACUGUUUGCAUAAUUGUUGAAAGGCUUGUUUGAGCCCAACAUUUUUACACUUGCUGAAUAAACUUAGAAGAUUAAUUUUAUGAUUAUACAAUGAUAUUACUAAAAAUAAAUAUUGGUUUCUGUGAAACUUA